AUGGCACAAUUAUUAUCAAAUGAAGAUGAAGUUUUAGAAGCAUUUGAUCCAUCAAUUGCAGCUUCAAAACGAUUUAAGCACCCAAUAGCUGUCUUUUUUCAUAUGGUAUUUCGUUCAUUGGCUAUAGUUGCUUAUUUUGUCUGUUCUUGGGCAAAAGCAAAUUUUGUUACAUCAUUUGUUAUUAUAAUAAUAUUACUUUCAAUGGAUUUUUGGACAGUAAAAAAUAUUACAGGUCGUUUAUUAGCUGGUCUUCGUUAUUGGAAUUAUGUUGAUGAUGCAGGAAAUAAUCAUUGGAUAUUUGAAUCAAAAAGAGGAAAUGAUAAAAAUACUGUUUCACCGAUUGAAUCGAAUAUUUUCUGGCUUUCAUUAGUAUUUACAAUACUUCUAUGGAUGAUUUUAACUAUUACAACAUUAUUUUCUCCAACAUAUAUUAUUAUUACAGGCGUAGCAUUAGCAUUGAACAUUACAAAUCUAUACGGUUUUGUUCGUUGUAAAUUUGGUUCAAAUGAAAAAAUAUCUGAUGAAAUGAAAAAAACAGUAUUUAAAUCAUUUCUUUCACGUGUAACUGGUAGUGGAGGUAUUAAUCCAACUUCGACUGAUACUCAACAGCAGCCGACAACGGCUCGCACAAUGUUUGGACCUUAG